CACCCCGGCGCUUUGCAUAAAUAAAUAAAUCAUGCAGCAAGGGAGAGGUGGAGAGAGAGGGCGAGCAGAGGAGGUUACUUUGGGAAGCCGCGCAGCUCGCUCAUCCCAGCCCCGUAGUUCGGAGGGAGUGUGUCAUGUUACAGGGGAGCCACGAUCAGCCAGAGCACAACGUCGCCGGAGCAGCUGAGAAUUACCUCUCUCUAAUGGGGACUUUCAUGUGCGAGCUCCUGGCCGGUCUGCAAAGGAACUGAAACUGACAGCUUAGAAAGAAUCAAAAACUUACCAGCGAACCAAAAGACUGAAAUACAGGAGGAAAAAAAAAAAAAUCUUGAUCAGAUUAUUUUUUUCCCUCUUGCACUCUUUGCUGCAGCUGGAUCCCUUUUUUCUGCACCCCUUUUAUGUGUGUGUGGUUUGUUUUUAUUUUUUAAAGACACCCCCCCAUCCACUUUUGUCAUUAUUGCUGUCACUUGUGAUUUGCUGGCACUGGGAUUCCCUUCGACGUUCUUUUCCUAUGCCUUCUGGAUCGCGCGUCUCGGAGUAGGAGCGAAGCUUUAUUUAUUCUAUUUAUUUAUUUAUUGUUUCUCAGGACAGGGAGGGAAUGUUGGAGGAGAAGAGCUGGAAAGGCGUCGACGAAGCAGCUUUUGACAGGGGGUGUGUGGCUCCCCCCAGGAGCGGCGAUGGGGAGAGAUGCUGCCGCCUCCCUCUCCUGCUGGGCUCGGGGCUGCCCGGCGUGUCCCUGCUCUCUCUGGUGCUCAGCCUCCUGCUGUACUUUCGGACCUCCGAUCUGCAGUCCCGCGUGUCCCACUUGGAAGCAGACAGACCCACACAGCUCCCUGCCUGGCUCUCAGCAGACCAAAUGGAGACAGCUAUUUUGGGAAGAGUUGACCAACUGCUCAAUGAGAAAUUAAAGUUCCACUUGCCAAGACAUCGAGAAGUUCGAGACACACACCAGCGAUGCAACUGCCCGGCAGGAAGAGCUUCAGAGUAA